AUGGAGAAAGAACUAAUGCGGCACUUUGAUUGGAAGAUGGUUAUCGGCCUGCGGUACGAAUGGGUGAACAUCCCCUACAAAGGCCGCAGUAAGUGGAACAAACGAUCGUCCGGGUGCAUGAUGUGGCAUGUUUACGUUAGAUCGAGGGAUGCUAAGCGAGCGGAUCGAGAACUACGCUUAUGGCUUCACCCCUCUACCCCCAAGAAAGAUUUUCCAUGGUGCGCUGUCACCCACUACAUCAGUGAUUGGAAGGCUGCUCAGAAUGGGACAAUCAGCGUUACUGGACUGGUUCCAUUCUUUACACAUCAUUUGGGGGAGUUGACGACUACUCAAGCCAAUAGGGUGAUUGCGAAGUGGCUGUCCAUAUCUCUGAUCCAUACGACACGCCGCAAGGAACUUGUGUGGUGCUUGGAGACUUUACGGGCUCGACCAUCGGACCAAACUCUACAAGGCAUUGACAAAGCCAUCACCUUCUUGGUGUGA